GAUGGGUUGAAGAGUGGGAGAGCCCUGAAUCCACUGUAGGAAUGUUUGGGUUGAGAGCGCUCGCGAUGAUGCGAGGGUGGGGCCCGGUGGGAGGGGACAUGUUUUCAAGCACGUGCCAUGCGCUGGAAGAGAGAGAUAUGCUGCUGUUGGACCAGUCGGGGGAUCCAUACAUAGGAAUCACAGCGUUGGACUGUAUGCUGGUGCUGCGAUGAGCAUUGUUGGCAGGGUGAUUGCUCGAGGCAACAGGACUUGUCCAUGCUCUUUGUGUUGGUCCAACUGAAGUACUCUGUGGAGUCCAUGAAGUUCCGUGCAAAUUUCCUUGUGUACUCGGCAGAGGCUCGGGGACUCGGUCAAGCCUUGGGUAAUCUUGAGACAACACACCGAAGGAGGCCGGGUUGGAACUUUGGCCUGGUGAGGAGGACCCGAUCGAACUCGUAGUCUGCCCUUGACCAGCAGGGAUCGUAUUCGUAUGAGGCAAUUCACUCCCGUCCUCGUUUCUUUGCUGCAGCGCCUCAUUGGCCCUUUCCAAGAGCCUUCGGUAUACCUCCUCAGUCAACACCGGUAUCCUAGCCGCUGACGAUGAUUGAUGAGCUUGGGAUUGGGAAGCAUCUGAACCAUCUCCUUGUACUUGUUGAAGCGCUUCGUUGGCUCUCUCUAGCAACCUUUGAUAUUCUGCCGCAGUCAGGACGGGAAUGUUGCUGGAUGGACCUGAGCUUUGAGAAUUC